CUUUUGAUUCCCUGCUCUUUGGAUCCUUACCCGACUCUCAGCAAGACUGAAGAUUUAUGUGAAGCAGGAGGGAUUCCAAGCGAAAGACGCAUCCCUCAGCCUCUACUUUGAUGUAAAAUGUCCCAAUCUCCUCACUGGUAUUGAUGAACCUGAGAUAGCCAGUGUUGCCAUCAAUAGGUUGCCCCAGCAUACAAGACACUCUGAUUUUCCUGCUUCUAUGAAGAUUGAAGAUCCUGAGAGUUUUCUAAGUUCAGCUGAAAGUGGCAGAAAAGACACUCCCCAGUCAAAUUUAUUUACUCUGAAGGUAAAAAGGGAGAUCCCUGAUGACAAUGAUGAUGAUUUAGAUCAUAUUGUGUUGAAAGAACGUCAAAGGAUGCUGCUAGCAAGGAAGAAUGCAGCAAGGCCAGACCGUCUUCUUGAGGAUGUUGGUGGAGAGUUAUUGGGAGACUUUUUCGAACACACCAAUGGAAGGGUAAAAGAAUGGAUUCAAUAUGUUGAUCAAAAAAUUGUAGCAGCUAGCAGUCUAUGUAAGGACAUUCUAGGAGGCAAUACUUCAUCGUUUGAGUCUCUCUCUAGGACUACAGCAGAAUCAAUAAGUUCAAUGAAUCUUCAAGAAGGUGACCAUAUGCCUAAAUCUGCAGAGAUGGUCAUGCAAUCCAAUCUAUAUGAGGAAAAAGGUGUUUUACCAGCAAUGAAUGAUGGUCAGGAUAGUUCAACCAAAGUCAAGGAUGAACCUUGUGAUAACACCGAGUCCCACAAUCUCAAGGCUGAGGGACUGAGUAACUUUUCAUUCAACUUCGUGAAUGUAAAAAGUGAACAGGAGCUCCCAAACAUAUAUGACAAUGACCUAAUAGAACAUGUUUGCUUACGUGAUCGGCUAAAGUUUGUAAUGUCAGGAGAGGGUUUUUGUGCAAAUUCUUCGACAAGCUAUACAUCUUUGAAGGAUACUAGGCCUUCCACCCUUGAAAAGAACUCUGUCUUUGAAUCUCCAGAAUCUUUCAGGCUUCCACGGAAAAGAAAGAAAACAGCAACGGACUCUAUACAAACCGCAUUAGAGGAGGAUGCUCCUGGGCUCUUGCAGGUGCUAAUUGACAAGGGCGUGUUAGUAGAUGAAAUUAAGCUUUAUGGAGGGGUGGAGAGUGGUGAAGCUUUGGAUGAAUCAUUUUGUGAGGAUAGCUUUGCAGAGUUUGAGGAGGUUAUAUCAAAGCUUUUCACCCAGCGCAAUUCUUUCAUAAAAUUUCCACCUAUUCGUGCUAGGAAGGAUUCAAGAGCAAGUUACUGUUUACCUUGUCUUAUCUCACUUGUGGAGCAGACACGGUACUUGCAAUUUCGACAAUGGCCUGUUGAGUGGGGUUGGUGCCGUGACCUCCAAUCAUUUAUUUUUGUAUUUGAGAGACAUAACAGGAUAGUGCUUGAACGCCCUGAAUAUGGUUUUGCAACCUACUUCUUUGAGCUAGUAGAAUCCUUGCCCAUUGCCUGGCAAAUCAGACGACUGGUGACUGCUAUGAGACUGACUUGCUGUGGCAGGAUUUCCCUUAUCGAGAACAAAGCUUUGAAGAUUGGAGAAGAUUUGACGGAGGGUGAGGCACAGGUGCUAAUGGAAUAUGGUUGGACCCCGAAUAGUGGACUGGGAACAAUGCUCAACUACUGUGAUAGAGUUGUGCAUGAUAGAAAAUAUGAGGACAGUUCAGAGUGGCGGUCAAAAAUUGGGAAAUUGCUUAUGGAUGGUUAUAAUGGUGGAACCAUAGUGGCACCCUGCAUCCCUAAAAGAGCUUCAGAAUUCAGUUGUGCUCAAAGCUCAUAAAGUUUUCAGAGUAUCUGACAUUAGAUUCCUAUAUGUAGAAAGUUUUUGUAUAUUUUUCAUGUACUUGUAUAUGCAUGCGGCUUGCUCGGUUAGCUUUUCUAGGUAUCUUCUCCUUUCUCUUAUUUAUGCAUGUACACCUUAUAUUUAUCUGCUUUUCCAUUUGUAAACUGCAAAUUUGAUAGAGUUAAUGACAGUAUCAACCAACCUGGUAGAGCUUUCAUUUCGUUAGUUUUCA